UUGGCUACCGUUUGAUUGACUACACAAUAACAGUAUAAGCGCUUGAUAGGACCAUUGAUUGCCAGCUAGAUACACCUGGUAAAGUCAACUCUCAGACUCUGGCCAUAUAUCGCUUGUAUACACUAUGCUCAGCCUGAGCCUGAGGUGGUUGGGCUUGGAAUGUAUUGUCUCAAGGUGAACGCGAGCGAUAUAAAUCAAUACAGUAGACUCUCGGUCACCCUUGGGACCAUGCAGCUUGGCCGGAAUAGCGAGGUGGCUGUAGCUCAGGAAAUAGCCGCGGCUUAAAAACUACCUUACCUCGAAUCUAAUGACUACUUUUGCGGUUCUUGUCUCGAGUAUAAUGUAGGAUAAUGAAUCAUUCUGUUCUCUAUUUAAGUGUAAUCCAAUUUUAUUUGCUAAACCACACCCAAAACGUCAUAUCCGGCCGUAAUAUACGUAUAAAAUUAAAUUGAAAACUUUGUUUGGGACAGCCAGCACUGGCCGGUAAACGGAAUAGCAAAUGGCCGUACUUCAGGGUGAGUUUUAUGCAGUAAAGAUAUAGCUAGCAUUCCGUGCCAAGCCAAAUGACCGGUAUAUCGAGGUGGCCGUACUUCAGAGCCGGAAUAGCGAGAGUCUACUGUACACCCUUUCAUCAUUGGAAAUUGUACACUAUAAACUAUAAGCCCAAUAUCAAGAUUAUAUUUUCUUCAUUUUCAAAUGAUACUCACCAUCAGAGGGCAUAUAAUAAUAUUAUGUUUAAGUGUCGGAGGGGUCUUUGAGAAGCAUGCAUUAGACAAUAAGGUUCCCGGGUUUUAGAGGCGAAACAUGGAUGGUGUCAGAGCUACUACCGUAUAUAACAUGUAGAGGGUAUAAUUAUUUCGAGGGUAUAAAAUGUUCGUGGUUUUCGCGUGUACCGCGAACAUUUAUAACCGCGAAUUUAAUAUCACAUGCAUGCAUGCUGCAAAAAGGCUGCUAUUCCACGAAAAUUAAAUCCGCGAAAACCUUUCUAAAGGCAUUUCCACAAUUAUUUAUACCCUUGAAAUAUACCCGCUAUACGGUAUAUAGACUUCAUUGUAGAAGAAUCACGUGAAUCGGUCCGUUGCCAAUCCCUUUCUCUUCAAUCUAUGGUAUUACUAGAAUAUUUUGCAAGCAUCAAACAUAAUUAUGUGAACUUUGCGAGGGUUGAUCAAUUCGCAACAGUAAAAUCGCAAAAGUACUGGUUAAUACACACGAUCCUUGAAUGAGCAGCUGAAACGCAGUUGUCAAUCCAUGGCUCGUAUAGACACUUUUAAUAGAUAGCUUAGGUGCAGUCUACUAUAGCUUAACUAUAUUCAGGGCCACACGAAGAUUACAAAAAAGGAUACUGAAAGCUCACAAGCUAGCUGUUUUCCUUGCAAUUGGCCAUUUAAGUACAUAUACUUUUUUUGCGAGUGUUUCCAGGCCUGGAACGAAAAACGUUUCAUAUAGCCUCAAGUAUGGUAAGAAGUAUCCUAUAAGAGCAAGAACACAGAGCUAGAACUAUUUUUAAAAUGGUUACUGGAUUGCAACACACCAGUAAGAGCGUGGAGCGUUCCUUAUAUGGAAGAUGUGUACACACUGUGGUCUGUUUUACUACGUAAGUGUAUGAGCAUACAUGUAUAAGGAUAAGGAACCAGGCACUCCUGAAGGAACCCACAAUGCUCAACACCUUUCAUCAGGACACAGCGAUGGCCUACCCAGGUGAAAGCUAUAAAAUGGCAAAUUACGGGUGGAAAAACUAUACACCAGAGCAAGCAAAAGAACAGUGGAGAGAAAGUGUGCAUCGAGAAAACAAGAUUGCUAAGUACCACUCAGCUGAGUCAGCUACCAGAAAAUCUAUGGAAGAUUCAAGUAGUGACACAACUAGAUCUACGAUCAACUACUUCGAUAACCAGAAGACGUAUACACUUAUGUCAACGUACGAUCGCACAUUUCACAUCAAAGAAGGUUACUGCAUGAAGUUAAAGAGAGAUGAUAUGGAGCACACGCAAAGAUUGAACGUUCACGCUGAAGAAGUGAAUAAAGAUGUCCCAAUCGUGACAUCAUCGGAGUACGGUCACAGACCUCCAUUGGAACAUCCACACAGGAAGCAUGUACGAAUUGGACUGGUACAGAGAGAGUUUUAUAGAUCCUGUGGAACUAAUAUUUUAUGAACCUAACUAUAAUAUUGUACUUUACUUUAGAAACAGUUUAGUUAGUUUUGUGCUGUUACCGUUGUGUACCAUUGUAGCGGUAUACACUUUUGCAGAAAAACCAUUAGAAAGGAUUUCGCAGAUUAAAUGUUUGUAGAG